UGUGAUCAUCCAUUGUCGAAUGAUCUAACACGGGGUUAAACGGUGGAAAAUUGACGACAGGUUUGGUCAGAACACCGAUUUGACCAUUGAGUAUUGAUUAAUAAGCAGCUGUUGUUGGUGAAUGCGGCCGUCAAUCUGUUUGUGUAAAUUUUGCUGAAAAAUGCCCCCGUAAAGUGUUUUAAAGGUGUUAAGAAUAAAAUCUUUAACUAUUUGAUAUGUUGGAUAUUUCCACAGAUUAAUUUUGAACUAAGAAUUUAAGUUUCCGACUAUGCAGUGAAAGUUGUGAAAGGAACAAACAAGUGUGCCUGCUUUGUGUGAAGAUCAAACGAACAUUUUAAAGUUAACGAAGAUUGAAGACUUGUGAAGAUUUUAUCGUUUCGACGUCAUUCAAGGAUUUAAAAACUUUUCUAUUUAGAAUAGUUUAAUCUUAUGAUUUCAAGACAGAAUCAAAGAAGAUUUAUUAAGGAUGAUUGUAUUAGGCAUACUGGAUUCUUGAAAUGGAAGUGAAAAAAGGAGCUUUCUUUUGUUAUUCAACUAAAAACAGGAUAUGAAUUUUUAAAAAAGCUAACUUUCUGUCAUGGAAACUGAAUCCAAAUUUUAUUCUGGAGCUGAACUAUCAAUACUAUAAGCCGAAUGUAAUCGGACAGCAUAAGUGGCAAAAUCUUUCUGAAUCUUAUUGUAUAUUAAAAGAUUUGGAAAUAUAAAUUUCUUUGAUUUUAAAUGUUUGCACAUAAAUAAAGAAGACGAAGAUUUUACUGAAGCAGAUUUACAGAAAAUGUCAGAUUUUAAUAAUGUGCCACUUCUAGGAAUGGAUAUUAAUAAAACAGUAGAAUUGAUUGAAAAUGAAGGUUCGACUGUUUCUUCGGCUAGUGUAGUAAAAAGGAAGGCUCCUAAAAUGCGAAGAAGACGACGAUAUGUUUAUUCAAAACCCAAAAAGAAGAAGAAAAAGAAAGAUAUAUGUGAAAAUUUAAAAGAUACAGUGAGUUUCCCCACUGUUGGACUAAUUUGUGAAAGUAAGGAUAAAGGUAAUCAUUCUGAUUGCUCUUCAGAUACUAUCAUUGAUGAUCUUAAUGAAGAUUUAUAUAAAGCUGAGGUAAAUAUUAAAAAGGAAUUUCCUGAUAGUUUGCUGGAAGAUGAACAUUUUCCACCACCUGAAUUAGGGAGAUUAUUAAUCAGUGAUGGUAUGCUUUUAAGUGAAACAAAACAAAGUGGAACAAGACGACAAAAAGGUGCAAGAAGUAAAAGUCGGGCUAGAAAUAACAAAUCUAAAGGCAGUCGAUCCAAGAAGAUACAGCCAGAAAUUAUAAAUAAAAUUGAUAAUCCUUUAUUAUCUAUUAAAUAUGAACUGAAAGAGGCAUCUGAGCCGCCUACUCUUCCAGUUAAAGAAUCAGCAAAUAUUAUUUCUGAGAAAAUGGUAGCAUUUCCUAGAGAUUUCCAAAAUACAACAAAUUUAUUUUCAGCAUCAUUUGAUGUAGCUGUGCCUGAAAGUAAGAAAAGGAAACCCCAAACCGCAAGAAGGGGAAAGAAAAAGCAAAAUUCUUAUGAUAGAAAUAUUAUACAACAACCUAAAAACAAUAUUUUAGCUUCUGAUGACUAUCCUGUUGAAUAUGGAAGUAAUUUAUUAAUUGAUGAGUCCUCUUUCUUGCCAUCCAACUAA